AAAAUAAUGUUACGGCAAGUACUGUUGUUCAUCUUGGCUCUGUCUCUAUCCUCGGUGUUCGGGCAGGUCAGCUACUCCAUUCCCGAGGAAAUGGAGAAAGGUUCAUUAGUUUGUAAUGUCGCUCAGGAUUUAGGUGUGGAUAUGAAACGGCUCAAAUCAGGCAGAGCUCGUAUUCAUUCGGGAGACAGUGCAGAAUACAUCGAGCUAAACAGAGAGAGGGGAGUCCUCGUCAUCAAAGAGAGAAUAGACAGAGAGACGCUGUGCGGAGAGACGACGCCUUGUGCCGUACAUCUGCAGAUGAUUCUGGAAAACCCGAUGGAAUUGUUCCGCAUAACGAUUGAAAUCACAGACAUAAACGACAACGCUCCCAGCUUUGCAUCGAGCGAGAAACGAUUUGAAAUCAGCGAGUCGGCCGUUAUCGGGUCUAAAUUCGUGCUGGAGAAAGCCGUCGACGCUGAUAUAGGUGAAAAAGGUCUCCAAAGCUAUUCGCUUAAUCCAACCAACAAUUUCGCAUUGAAACUAGAGAAUCAAGCAGACGGGAGUAAAAAGGUAGAGAUGGUGCUACAGAAGCCACUCGACCGAGAGGAGCAGGAGCAGAUAUCACUGCUAUUAACGGCUCUAGAUGGUGGAAAGCCGCGUAUGUCUGGAACAAUUCAGAUAAUUGUGAACGUGUUAGAUAUAAACGACAACGCACCAGUCUUUACUAAGUCUGUAUACAAGGCCACUAUAACCGAGAAUUCACCGCGAGGCACCAGUGUCAUUACUGUCAGUGCAUCUGACAAAGACGGGGGCUCAAAUGCAGUAAUUUCAUACGCCAUUUCAAAUAGCAGGCGUCGUAUAUCUGAUUUGUUUCAGAUUAAUAGAAAAACCGGAGAGGUCAUUUUGAUCGGUGAAAUUGAUUAUGAAAAGACCAAGCUCUUCCAAAUUGAUAUAGAGGCUAUAGAUAACGGUGGACUCUCUGAUUCCAGUAAGAUCAUAAUUGAUGUUAUUGAUAUCAAUGACAACAGCCCUCAGUUAAAAAUACUGUCUAAAUCAGACACCAUUUUAGAGGAUUCUCCUGACAAUACUGUCAUCGCUAUGCUGAGCGUGAAUGACCCUGAUUCUGAGAGGAACGGAGAGGUGAAGUGUAAUAUUAAUGAUGACAUUCCUUUUAAAAUACAUAACUCAAUGAGUGGAUUUUAUAGUUUAGUCUCGGAGGUAGCUUUGGAUAGAGAGGCCGCGUCCCAAUAUAAUAUCACAGUGACCUGCUCUGAUGAGGGCGUGCCCUCCCUCUCCAGCAGCGUCACGCUCACCUUACAGAUCUCUGACGUGAAUGACAACGCGCCUGUCUUUGAGAGGAGCUCAUAUGAGGCCUAUAUUGUAGAAAACAACAUACCAGGUCUCUCUGUAUUCACAGUGAAAGCCAGAGACGCUGACUGGAACCAGAAUGCCCGUGUUUCUUACAUACUGGAGGACUCCUCUGUUAACGGAGUGCCAGUCUCCUCAUAUGUGUCCGUUAGUGCUGAUAGUGGAGUCAUCCAUGCAGUGCGCUCUUUUGACUACGAGCAGAUCAAAGAUUUUCACUUCCAAGUCAAAGCUCAGGAUGGAGGCUCUCCUCCACUCAGUAGUAACGUGACUGUGAAAAUACUGAUCCAGGACCAGAACGACAAUCCCCCUCAGGUUCUGUAUCCAGUCCAGACUGGUGGCUCAGUGGUGGCUGAACUGGUGCCUCGUUCAGCAGAUGUGGGCUAUCUGGUCACUAAAGUGGUGGCUGUGGAUGUGGACUCUGGACAGAAUGCCUGGCUCUCCUAUAAACUGCAGAAAGCCACAGACAGGGCGCUGUUUGAAGUGGGCUCACAGAAUGGAGAAAUAAGAACAAUCCGCCAAGUCACUGAUAAAGACGCAGUGAAACAAAGACUGAGUGUUAUAGUGGAGGACAACGGGCAGCCCUCUCGUUCAGCUACAGUCGUUGUUAACGUGGCGGUGGCGGACAGCUUCCCGGAAGUGCUGUCGGAGUUCACUGACUUUACGCACGACAAGGAGUACAACGACAACCUGACUUUUUACUUAGUGUUGGCUCUGGCUGUAGUUUCCUUCCUCUUCAUCACGUGUGUAGUGGUUAUUAUCUCAGUGAAAAUCUACAGAUGGAGACAGUCUCGUGUCCUGUAUCACUCCAACCUCCCUGUGAUUCCAUAUUAUCCACCACGUUACUCAGACACUUUGGGGACCGGGACUCUCCAACACGUGUACAAUUACGAGGUGUGCAGGACGACUGACUCCAGAAAGAGUGACUGUAAGUUCGCCGGAGCUGGUAGUCAGAACGUGCUGAUAAUGGACCCCAGUGCUACAGGGACGAUGCAGCGGAUACAGAGUGAAAAGAGCAUCCUGGACGAACCAGACUCUCCUCUAGAGGUUAGUUAA